AUGGAAAAAUAAAAUAAGCUGAAGAUUAAGGAGGAGACAAUUAGGUCUGAUGAAUCAGUUACAAAUGGCAACUUGACUUAAAUUGCAUAUUAUAGCAAGGACAAAUUAGAAGUAAAGUCGACUUAGUACAUGAAGCACCAUCAUUAGUAAAGUGGAGUUACUUCUCCGGCCUAACCAAAGCAUGCAAAUGAUAAGAAAAAAAGAGAGAUGAGAUCGACAGAUUAUGGAUCUAAGAAUAAAACUUAAAUGAUGAGAUAUAAUGACGAGGAACUCUCUAAUAUGUCGAAUCUCUAAAAUCAAAUAGAAACAUCUCAAACUUAAUUAGCUCUAGGGGAUCAAAGAAUAAUAGAGUAGGAGUAGUAUUUAGAUGGCAAUAACUUCAUAGAUGGUGAUGACUUCUCAAAGACAGAGUUAAACAGUAAGUAUGAUAGACGGAUGAAUAGCAAAAUUUAAACUCCUAAUCAGGCAAAAUAGAAUCAGCAUUACAACAACACUACUUUCGGAGGAAGAAAUGACGAAGAUAAUGACGAUAAUGAUGAAUAUGGAAUUGAUCAAAGGAAAUUUGAAAACUAAAUUAAUGAUCUAUAAAAGAACGACAGCCAAAAUAUUAAAAAUUUCAAUGACUCCUAAGAUGAUGAAGAGUUUAGAAAAAAGAAAUCGUUUUAAUCAUCUCUAGGUUUUUAAUUGGAGAAUUUAACUCACUUGCAAAAAUUAGUUAUCAAUCAAAAUUCAAGCUACUAGCUCUCAUCAAACCAAAAUUAAUAGUCUAUGUUUAAUAAGCACAAAACACAUUAUCAAAUGGAUAGCAGAGGGAUCAAAGAUUCUUCUCAUAUUGUAAAUAUUGGUUCUGAUUCAAAUGACAUGUUAAACUUAAAUUCUAAGAAUCUUUACUCUUAAUAGGAUUAAAAUAAACCUAAAAAGAGCUAAAUUAUAUCUGUUUUAGAUUCAAGAGAACUAUCUAAAAUCAAUACUUCUAAGAAUAAUCACUCAAGAUUUGGAACAGAGACCAAUCUUUAAGAAGAUAAUGAGGGGAAAGAAUAUCAUAAUUAGGAAUUUGAACAAGAAAGCUAAGACUCUAAUAAAGGAUAAAGAAAAGAAAAUAAGUUAAUUGAAGUUUAAAAUCAAGAUGCAAACAAAAACAGAACUGAACAAGAAAGUGAAGAUGAUAGAUAUGAUUCUGAAUCUUAACAGAGAGAAACAGUAUCUUAGAAUAAAGAUGAAAUAAAUGAAGCUGUCAAGACAAUAAAUGAAGCUAAGUUUGAAGGAUCUAUUCUAAUCAAGUAGCAGUCUGAAUAAGUGUCUGAUUCUCAUAAUAACUAAUCAAUAAUUGUAAUGAAUCAAAUAAAAUCUCUGGAUGAGUAUCAAGCACAUUAUCAAAAUAUGGACAAUGAAAUUACUACUAAAGCAGAUUUAUCACACAUAGAACACUCCGAGAACUAGAACUAAUAAGUAUUGCAUUAGCAAAACAAGAAUUCAAUAGAUAGCAACAGGGUAAUUAUUUAAGGAGGGUAGGGAUCGUCAAUAACACCCAAAAAUAGGGAUAGUGAAAAAAAAUUCAAACAAAUUAAUUUGAAUACAGAAUAAUAGAAUUAAAAUAAACAAGGAGAAGAUAGUGGUAGCAAGAUCAGAGGAUAUUUAAAUAAUGAAGAUAAUAAGCUGCAGGUGUCGUCCACUAAAAAAAUGAAUCAAACUAAUGAUGAUGCAAUUGAAGAGUCAAUAAUGCCAAAGCAAAUCAAAAGCUAAAAUUCAUAAUCUAGAUAUGCUUCAGAGAGCAGAUACAAAAGUAAUAUCUUACAUUACUAUGAUCAGAAGAAAAGCCCUAUAAAAUCUAUUGGGAGCUAAUUGAUCCGUAAGAAAGCCUUGGAAUAGGCUAAUCAGGAUAGGAAAUAGUUCUACUCUAAUUUCUUGCAAAAUUCAAGAAGUAAUUCUAUUGAGAGGAAUGAUGCAAUGAGCAUCAUGAAUGACGAAACUGUAAAUUCUACAUUUAAAAAAGCAAUUGAACUUUAUGGUAAAUAUGACCUAAAAUACUCGUAAGCAUAAGAUAUCAUUUAUUUUUCAGGGGAAUUUCAAAGAGAGAUAUCAUAGGAAGUCCAAUAGAAACUAUUAAUGACUAAAUUUAGUAGAAUCUUAAGAAGAAAAAUUAAAAUUUUCAUCAUGAAGAAAACUAAGUUCAUUAAAACUAGACUUAGUACUCAAGUAUUGAUAAAAGAAACUCAUAAUAAGUGUCUUUUCCCAUCACAAAACUUGCAAAAUUCAUUCUAUAAUCUUUCAAGAAAUGGAAGACAAAAAUCUAAUUUGACAACUGCAAAUCAGUAAAGAAGGAAAUUUCUAAAUAUACUAUAAUACAAUUCGAACUCAAAUGAGUAGUCAGAAGUUAUUUACGAAAAGGCUAUAAUGACGAAAGAUAACUCUGGCAAUAAUUUUUCAAGGCAUGAUAUGAGUAGAGGGUUAAAUUCAAGUCCUUUAUUUAAUAACAAUAAUAACCAGGGCGUUAAUAGUAAAAAAUAAAAAUCAUAAGGUCCUCAGCCUCGUAUCAUAAAGAAAAAGAACAAUAUGAUUAACCCUCAACUAAAUCCAGAGAAUAACAUUACAAGCUACUUACUUAACAGAAGUGUCAGGGGAAGACCUAUUCAAAACUUAUUACAUUUAGUUAAAGGAGAACUAAAAGAUAUGGGCCAAGCUAAUUAAAGCUUUAAUGUUAAGUAGAGUCCUAUGAAUUUCAUAAUAUAGACUUCUCCUAAAAGAAACUAACUCUUCAAUUAAACUUUAGAGUAGUUCAAGUCAAAUAAAAGCUAUGUUCCUUAUUUUGCACUAGACCCAAUUAAUUCUAAAACAGAAGAGGAGUACUAUUUUAAUAAGGAAAAAGGAGAAUAUAGCAACUUUCAGAAGAAAAUUGCCAAUUAAUUUAUUCCAAGAAAGUCCAGCAAUUCUAGUAAAAUGGAAUCAUAUGCAUUAGGAAAAAAUAUUUAAAGCAAUGAUUGGGCAGAAACAUAAAUCUAUAGGGACACCAAAAAUCUUAUUCGUGAUAUCUUCAAUCAAGAGAAAAAUCUUCUUUAUUUUACAUUUGAGGAAGUAGAGAAAUUGAUUGUGAAUAUUUAAGAGAGAUAAAAUCUUUACGAUAAUUUUGAUGUGCUCAAGCCAAUUGUUAAUAAAUCGCUAAAAACUCUAGAAGAAAUUUUCAAACCAAUGAAUCUGUAAAACAAAUAUGAAAAAAUACAAGAGUAGUAUGAAAUAAUGAUAUUCAAGCAGAGUAUCUCUAUUGAUGAUAUCAUUAGUCUACUUAUUCGUAUUAAAUUAUCAAUCUAAUCAAGAGGGGCAUUAUUUUCCUGUCUAAAGCAAAUCAGGAAAUUUGAGCAGCUAUUGUAAGAAGUGAAAGACUUCCUAAACUAGAGUUUGGAUGUUUCUAUUGAUGAGGUUAUUAAAAUUUAGAACUUACCCAGUAUGGUUAAUGGAUUUUUUUAAUAUGCAGAUAACCUAAUUGAAAACAUUUAAGAUCUCAAAGAUAAGCAUAAUCUUUACAAGCAAUACUUUGCAUUUAAGAGAAAAGACUAUAUCAAGUACAUUCUCAGGGAAAAAUAAGAGAUAAAAUGCCUUUCUUUAGUGUUCGAACCAGAAGGUAUCAAAGAUAACUUACAAGAAAUAUUGCAUAAUUGA